AUGCCUGCUCCUGUCGACAUAAGCUAUGUCGAUGGCGAGUACCUCGUCUUUGACAUAGACGCUGUCAAGGCCCUUCGCAAUGAGCACCACAUCUCUGGCAUCCUCGUCGGCACCCUGCCGCAGGUGCCCCAGCAGUCCGUCUUCCUCGGUCUUCCUCUGCAGCUCAUGCCUGAAGAGGCUGCUCUGCUCGUCCAUUUCGGCGUAGCCCGCGUCCUCGACGAGCAAGCGAGCCAUGACCUGAUUCUUUCAGAAGACGGCGACGACUCUGCAAAAGACCGCAUUACAGCGGCAGAGUCUGGUCUGCAAACCUUUGUGACCCCAGCCGUCACUCAACCCAGCGAUAGAGCCGAGGCAACCCUCCCUGAGUCCUCUAUCGCUCCAAUCCUAGACACCCCUCGCUUCCAGGUCUACAAGUACCUGCAUGGCAAGGGCUUCUUCCUCUCCCCCGGUCUACGCUUCGGCUCGCAGUUCCUGGCUUAUCCAGGCGACCCUCUGCGCUACCACUCGCACUAUCUCGUGCGCGGUCUAGCGUGGGACGAGGACUUUGCGCUGCUCGAUCUCAUCGGCUCAGGCCGACUCGGCACUGGCGUGAAAAAGGCGUGGAUGAUCGGUGGUCGCGUGCCUGCCGGUGCCCGGCGUGAGGAUUAUGCUAGUUUCUGCGUAGAAUGGGCUGGAUUUGGCUAA